ACAACACACUCUGUGGAUUAACCUCUGAAUGGGAAAUUUUUUUUCACUUUCUUUUGAUAGAAUUUGGAUUAACAAUUUCAUAUCACAGCAAGGUUGGCAAGCAAACUACUUUUCACAAUAUUGUCUGAUUAUUUCCAUAUUUUUCAAUGUUGUGCUGCUGGUAUGCUGCUUUGGGACACUGAGCUAAACAAAUGUAUGGCCAAAGCUUUUAAAACAUUUAAAACAAAAUACAAAAGUGUUAUCCCUUUGGAAGAGACUUGAUCUGGAAUCAGCAGUCUGCUGAGAAUCAAAGCACAGAAAAUGGUUGGAAUCAAACCCAGCGACUUGCCACCAACCACCAUGGUCAAGUUUUUCGGAGCUGGAACGGCAGGAUGUUUUGCUGACUUAGUUACUUUUCCCCUGGACACAGCCAAAGUGAGGCUUCAGAUCCAGGGAGAGUCAAAAGCCACCUCAGAAUUGGCAGCAGUGAAAUAUCGCGGAGUGUUUGGCACCAUAACCACUAUGGUGCGAACAGAGGGCGCAAGGAGUUUGUACAACGGUCUGGUUGCAGGACUGCAACGACAGAUGAGCUUUGCAUCUGUUCGUAUUGGUCUUUAUGACUCCAUGAAACAAUUCUACACCAGAGGAUCUGAGAAUGCAGGAAUUGUAACUCGCCUGCUGGCAGGCUCCACCACCGGUGCCAUGGCUGUAGCUUUGGCACAGCCUACAGAUGUUGUAAAAGUACGUUUCCAAGCUCAAGUGCGUCAGGCAGAUGGAAUAAAGAGAUAUAAUGGCACAAUGGAUGCAUAUCGAACUAUCGCCCGUGAUGAGGGUGUUCGUGGGCUCUGGAAAGGCUGUAUGCCAAACAUCACAAGGAAUGCAAUUGUGAACUGUGCAGAGUUGGUCACUUAUGACAUUAUCAAGGAACUCAUUCUGAAAUAUGAUCUCAUGACAGAUAACUUACCCUGCCACUUUACCGCUGCAUUUGGUGCUGGUUUCUGCACAACGAUUGUGGCAUCUCCGAUAGACGUGGUAAAAACCCGCUUCAUGAACUCAUCUGCAGGCCAGUAUAGCAGUGCACUUAACUGUGCUCUCACUAUGGUGACCAAAGAGGGACCAGCAGCUUUUUAUAAGGGCUUUGUGCCCUCUUUCCUUCGGCUGGGAUCUUGGAACAUUGUGAUGUUUGUCUCUUAUGAACAAAUCAAGAGAUUGAUGACUAGAAUGCAGAACUCAUGGGAAUCACCAUUCUGAAUGCAGACUUUGGGACAUUUUGUUGUCAGAUCCUUUUAAAUGUGAUUAAACAGAGGGUGCAAUUCUCUCUGUAAUAAGAAUAGAUGACUCCCUGGGUUACCAGGUUAAGUCUUAUCUCAAAGAAAGGCUGUAGUUGUGACAUAUCAUCCUCUUUUUAAGGCCAAAGGUCAAGCUUGUCACACAUGAAAAAACAGUUGCCAAAUAUGUGGAUGAUUAAGCAAAUUGCGCACAUUUUGUCUUAGUUUCAGUGUUUUAGGACACUGAGAGGGGUGUGAUAAGAGUUACAUGAGGAUACAUGUCCAUUGUUUUUAUAUACUUUUAAAUUGUCAUGAAAACUGGGUCCAUUAUUAAAUGAAGAAUUGUCUGUAUUUAUACUAUGAAUGAACAAAUAAAACUUUUUUUAAGAUAUGUCAAUUUCCGUUACUAAAAGAUAAAAGGUAUGGGACACACAAAACACAUUUAGAUCUAUUGUGGCCACAUCUGCAUCAUUAACAAUUCACUCCCUUUGACCCAAGGGUUAUUUAAUCGGGUUUUAUCAAUGAUCAAAACAGCAAAGAGCCUGAGAACCCAGGGGGAAAACACUCCUCAUUUACAAAUAGAAAUGGUUUGUAUUUAACAAAGGAUCAGGGUGGCUUCAAUCUAGUGUUAUGACCUCUGAAGCCACACAAACAAAAUCGUCAUUACAACAGAGCUGUGAGAUUCACAGCUGGAGGAAUAGAGGAAAUGCAUGUGUAGAGUAAACCAUAAGAAGGCAAAUGCAAAUCAGUGAAUCGUGAAUGAAAAAUAGCACUCUCAUGUUUCAAGAACACUAUGAUGUGUCUCUUUUACAGAUAUCAUUAUCGAAAGAGUAUUAUUCUGGCCGGUACUUCAAUUUGCUGAAAUGUCUUUAUCAUUAGCUUCAAUCUCAUGUAUUUAGUGACAGAUGUCUUGAUCUGCUCCUAACAAUGUACCAAUUUGACAGGUAGAUUGUAAGCAGGAAACUGAUUAAAUAAUAUUUAGAAACAAAACCUAUUUAGGCCAAGAUGGAGCAUUUGUAUUAAAAUGAAUAGGAGAAAUUAAAAAUGCCCAAUAAGGCAGAUGAAGAAAAGGAAGUCCUGCCUUACAGGUAAAAGAGCUAAUCACUUUUUAGAUACAAACAUUGCCUGUCAUUCAACUCGAGAACGUGCAUCCCUGCGCAUUAACUGGACCAGCCUGUAAAAUAGCAUUUUUUUUUUUUUUGCAUGAUCUGAGCAAAGAAGCACAAUUUAUUAUACUUUUGUUGUCAGAAUUUACUGCUGAUUUUAAAUAUGUUAUUUGAGUGUAAUCUUGACCAACUGAUUUGGAGAUUUAUGUCUUUUCACAUUGAAGUAGGUAGGAGCUGUACCUUUAUGCCACUUGUAUCCAUAAAAAAUAGCUAGCUGCCUGGUAGCAAGUGGACUGGCUUGCCUUGAAAGGGACUUUGGUAGAAUAACAGUAACUUCACUGGCUGUUCAAAAUCAUGGUCACUAUAGAGGUAUAGGAUGCCACCAAGGUAUUUUGGAAGCUGGUCUAAAACACAUUUACUGACAAGCAGCUACCUUGUGUUUUGGACACUGCCUCUGUAAUUGAAGAUGCUGACUGACCCGAGAGUCACUUAUAUUAUAACGGCAUUCUAUGUUAUAUGUCCUAUUUUUUUGUAUGUCUGUUUAUACUCUUACCUUAUUUUAUAUUCUGUGUCUAACUGUAAUGUUCUGUGUGCAUGCUUAUUUCUCCUAUCACCAAAAAAUUCCUUGUGUACGUGAGCACACUUGGCAAUAAAGCUCAUUCUGAUUCUGAUAUAUGAGCCCAAUAUAAGUACUGUGUGCAGUUAACGAAGCACAUGUCACCAUGUGGUUUGCAGACAUGUCUUAACAAACACAAUUACUAAACUUUGUUUUUCUUUGAGGCUUUACAUUUUCCAAGACAGCUCUAUUUUAACACAUAUCUGUGAAACCUAAAUAACAGCAGCUCUGUGUGACCAAACUUCUGGCAGUUUAAGUAUGCAGAGUAAGUCCAGAUAACCAGGUUAAAGAAAUAGUUCACCCAAAAAUGAAAUUCUCUCAUCAAUUACUCACCCUCAUGCCUUCACAGCUGUUAAUGACUUUCUUACUUCUGCUGAACACAAACAAGGUUGUUUUGAAGAAUAUUUCAUCUCUGUAGGUUCAUUUAAUUUAAGUGAAUGGUGGCCAGAACUGUGACGCUCUAAAAGCACAUAAAGACAGCAUAAAUGUAAUUCAUAUGACUCCAGUGCUUAAAUCUAUGUCGUCAGAAGCUAUAUGAAAAGUGUGGGUGAGAGACAGAUCAAUAUUUAUGCCCUUUUUACUAUCAAUCUCCACUUUCACAUUCUUCUUAGAAAAAAAGGACUUGAAAAUGUAUGUUUCACACCCACGCUUAUAUCUCUUCUGAAUAUGUAUAUUUAACCACCUGAGUCUUAUGGAUUGCUUUUAUGCUGCCUUUAUACUUUUUGGAGCUUCAAAGUUCUGGCCAACAUUCACUUGCAUUAUGAGGACCAACAGAGCUAAGAUAUUCUUAAAACAAUUUUGUAAGUGAGUAAGUGAGGAAAUUAUGUGAGAAUUUUUAUUUUUGGGUGAACUAUCCCUUGUGAUGAGAAUGCUUUCUGUUCUUGUACCUGUAUCUUUUAUACAGUAUGUAAAAUAUAAGUAAGCUAGAUAAAAUAUAAAUACCAAAUCUUAUACCUCAUAUAUUAUUAUCCAAAGCGACUUACAAAUGAGGAACAUAGCAAGCAAUUUGUCAUACAAAAGUCAGCGAAAUCUGCAUUAUGCCUUCAAAGGAACUGUGAAGACUUAAAAGUCUUCCUUUUAUAAACAACAUAAAU